AUGGCAGUCAACGUUGAUACGAUCAAGACCCCUGGAGAUGCUACUCAUAAGGGCAGGGUGGUAAUCCUUAAUGGGCCCUCAAACGCACGAAGGAUGGCCCUCAUGAAGAACCUCGAGUCACGGCUGGUCGGCUGCAAGACUCAAGUGGUCGACAGCUACAUCAUGGCCGACCCGAUAUGUCCCCAUGUCUAUCAACGAAGUCUGCGGUCCGUUUACCUUCGCGAAAUACGGAAGUUGGCAAACCAGGGCUACAUAGUUCUUGUGACGGCUUGUUUUGUGGACAUAGUGGUACACAGACAAGUCGUCGACGAUAUUAUGGCGAUUAUUUGCGGAAAGAAUGUUGACAUGUUCUGGAUCAACAUCUACGACGAACGGGUUGUUCUCACACAGCAACCAUCAAUUCCGAAACAUUUUCAAGAAGAAUGCACGGGGCGGACUGUCUCGUGGACGACGACUCCACAAAAUCGACUUAUAUUCCCCUCGAAGAAGAGCCGUGAGCUGGAAGGUGUCAGCCUCAUCACUCGAUCGCUGUACAUUGAAGGCAUCGAGGAGGCAGUGGACAGGAUUUCUGAGGUUAUUGGCCGGGGAAAUAUGAGACUGUGA